AUGGCGGAUAGAUUAACCAGAGUGAUUAAUUUAGCUUCGAAGGUUUCUUCCUUCGUUAUACAGGAAACUUCACCAAGACUGACUAAGUUCCGAGAAUAUGCAAGGGUGGAACUAAGGCCACCAACACAAGCAGAUCUCAAGCCAGCAAUGGAACAAGCAACAAAGCUGAUUUGCUCAUUCAAAAGUGGUGCUUGGAAAAAUGUUUCCGUCAAGGAAGGGCUUGUUAAUGCUGUUGUGACAGUAGAAGUACUCUGCUGGUUUUUCAUCGGGGAAAUUAUCGGACGAAGAAGCUUUCUAGGAUAUAGUCGGGUUCCACAUACCUAUAUCGUCCAACACUAA